AUGAAACAAUGUAGACCAUCGAUAGUUUUUCAACGAUUAGCUUCAUCACCUUGUAAAGCCAUUGUUUCAAAUGCUUAUUUGAUGCUGGUCUAUACAGUAGAUGAAAAUGAUAUAAAAGAAUCACAAGGCAAUCUAUCUAGACUCCUGUACACCACUCUUAACUUAAUUCAUAAAGCAAUUUAUCCUAAUGAUGCAACUAAACAAGAUGUUGCACCCAGCUUACAAAAUAUCAAUCGAAAUAUUAUACAACUUACAGAAACAUUAGCAUCUCUUGUACAAUACGAACAAGUGAAAAAGGAAAUUAUCAAACAAAAUGCACUACUAUUUCUUAUACAAUCUUCACAAAAACUAUCUGGACUAUCAAAACAAUUCAUUCUCAAAUCUCUUUGGACACUAUCAUUUGAUAAACAUAUAGCUCAACAGAUAAAUCAUAAUUCACAAUUUAUUCUUUCAUUACAACAUAUUAAAAAAUCUUCAUCUGAAAAUAAUCAACAAACUAAUCCAACGAUCUCGUGGAAUGAAUCAACAAAUGAUGAAAUACAAAAAAUAAUAGAUGGUCUUCUUUGGAAUCUUAGUAAAGGUAAUCUUCUAUCGAUUAAUAAAUAUGACUUUUGA